AUGGAUCCCCUCAUAGCUGUCGUUGGUGCUACGGGGACUGGCAAGUCUAAGCUCGCCGUAGACCUAGCCGCCCGCUUCAACGGCGAAAUCAUCAAUGGCGACGCAAUGCAAAUGUACCGCGGCCUCCCAAUAAUAACCAACCAAAUCCCCCUCGCCGAACGCAAGAACAUCCCACACCACCUACUUAGCUGUGUGGACCUGGAAGCCGAGGCGUGGCGAAUCAGUCAUUUCAAGAAAGAAGCUCUCCGUCUUAUUACGGACAUUCGGAGUCGUGGGAAAUUGCCCAUUCUUGUUGGCGGGACGCAUUAUUAUACCCAGGCUGUGCUGUUUAGGGAUCAGUUAGUUGGGGAGGGUUCUGAUGCUGAAUGUGAAGGGGAGGAUGGUGGGGAGGGGGAUGUGGAAUUACCCUCUACGUCUAUGGCUGCGUCGAACUCUACGGCUGCGAGUACGUCUACGUCUGAGAAGUGGCCGAUCCUUGAUUCAUCACCCGAAGUCCUGAUGGAAAAGCUCCGGGAAGUCGAUCCCGUUAUGGCAGCGCGAUGGCAUCCAAAGGAUACGCGGAAGAUACGCCGGUCAUUGGAGAUUUAUUUCCAGACCGGACGGCCUGCAUCGGAGAUUUAUGCUGAGCAGCAGAUUCAGAAAGCGAAAGCUGUUUCGCAAUCGGAGGGAUUACUGCGGUUUGAGAAUACUCUCAUCUUCUGGGUCCACGCCGAGAAGGAAAUUCUCAAUGCACGCCUCGACGCGCGCGUGGACGAUAUGGUCCAGCAGGGCUUACUCGACGAAGCUGAGAGCAUGUUCGAGUUCUUAUCACGGAAAGAAGCAAAGGGGAUCCCCGUUGAUCUUACACGUGGUGUAUGGGUGUCUAUUGGGUUCAAGGAACUAGCGCCAUAUUUCACGGCGCGUCGGGAAGGGACCCUGAGUCAAGAAGAACUUGAUUCUUUACGAGGCCGCUGCAUCGAGUCUAUUCGAACCGCGACACGGCAAUACGGCGGAUCCCAGGUGAAAUGGAUCCGGAAUAAAUUAUGGCGGGCCCUCGCUGAAACAGACAUGACGGGACGAUUAUAUCUGCUCGAUAGCAGCGAUGUCAGUCAAUGGGCCGGGUGUAUCACGGAACCCUCGGAGAAGAUUGUCCAGUCUAUGUUGGCGAGUGAAGCCACGCCUGAUCCGAAGAGUCUUUCCUUGUUGGCGAAGACGGUGCUCGGUGCGAAGGAGGAACAGGCGCAGGCGCAGCCUGGCUCGGCGAUGACAAGUUUUACGUGUGAUGUUUGUGGGAAGACUGUUGUUGGUGAUGAGCAGUGGGAGAUUCAUCUUAAGAGUUAUAGUCAUAAGAGGGGUGUUAAGUCUGCGGCGAGGAAGGCUGAGAGGGAUGCUUAUUUUAAGAAGAAGAAGGAGGAGGAGAAGAAAGGGGAGGAAAAAGUGGAUGUUGAUUCUCAGGAGAAGGUGGAUGCAUAG